AUGGAUAAAGAACAACAUAAGCUCAGUAAAGAAAACGACGGCAAUUUUCUCGUUAUACAUGUGCCGACUACUGUUGACUAUGUCGUUCGACCUGAAGGUAUAAUUAAGGAACCAACACCGGAACAGAUGGGAACAGCCAGAACCAUCACCAAGACGAACGUCAUAUCUUUGUACACCAAAGAAGGGCUGCAGGUUGGCAGAGGUUCUCCUGGGCAGAUGUACGACAUGUUGAAGCAGGAAGCAGAAGACACAGAUUUGGAACGUUUGAAGCGAAUGCGCGAUGGCCUACUUCCAGGCAAGAAAGCCUACAGAAGUCUGCCGAUACAAGAAUUGCAAGCUCUGUUCGUUGAUUUCGAAAAUCAUGUAUUUUCGGAAUAUGACGAACAGCCUUCGAAUAACUGCUAG